CAACCAGAGAAGCAGAAUCUUGUUUCUGAGGGCACUAGCAGUACAAGAUGUGGCUGUUAUUAAUAACAAGUGUGAUAUCAACAUUCGGAGGUGCACAUGGCCUAUUUGGAAAACUGGGUCCUGGAAACCCUGAAGCAAAUAUGAAUAUUAGUCAGAUGAUAACUUACUGGGGAUAUCCAUGUCAAGAAUAUGAAGUUGUUACUGAAGAUGGCUACAUUCUGGGGGUCUACAGAAUUCCUCAUGGGAAGAAUAAUUCUGAAAAUAUAGGCAAGAGACCUGUGGUGUAUUUGCAGCAUGGUUUGAUCGCAUCAGCCACAAACUGGAUUGCAAAUCUACCAAACAACAGCCUGGCCUUUAUGCUAGCAGACGCUGGCUAUGAUGUGUGGCUGGGGAACAGUCGAGGAAAUACAUGGUCCAGGAAAAAUGUAUACUACUCACCAGACUCAGUUGAAUUCUGGGCUUUCAGCUUUGAUGAAAUGGCUAAAUAUGACCUUCCCGCCACAAUAAACUUCAUUGUACAGAAAACUGGACAAGAGAAGAUACACUAUGUUGGUCAUUCUCAGGGCACCACUAUUGGUUUCAUUGCCUUUUCUACCAAUCCUACACUGGCCAAAAAAAUCAAGACGUUUUAUGCAUUAGCUCCAGUUGCUACCGUGAAGUAUACACAAAGUCCCUUGAAAAAGAUUUCAUUUAUUCCUACAUUUCUUUUCAAGCUUAUGUUUGGCAAGAAAAUGUUCCUGCCCCACACCUACUUUGAUGACUUUCUUGGUACCGAAGUGUGCUCACGGGAGGUUCUAGAUCUUCUCUGCAGCAACACUUUAUUCAUCUUCUGUGGAUUUGACAAGAAAAACUUAAAUGUGAGUCGUUUUGAUGUGUAUCUAGGGCAUAAUCCAGCAGGGACAUCUGUUCAAGACUUUCUCCACUGGGCACAGCUUGUUAGAUCUGGGAAAUUUCAAGCCUUCAACUGGGGAAGCCCAUCCCAGAACAUGUUACACUACAACCAGAAAACGCCUCCUGAAUAUGAUGUGUCAGCCAUGACUGUGCCAGUUGCAGUGUGGAACGGUGGCAAUGACAUCCUGGCUGAUCCCCAAGAUGUCGCCAUGCUGCUUCCCAAACUCUCCAACCUCCUGUUCCAUAAGGAGAUUCUUGCCUACAAUCACCUGGACUUCAUCUGGGCAAUGGAUGCCCCUCAAGAGGUUUACAAUGAGAUGAUUUCCAUGAUGGCAGAAGACUAAAAGAAUCAAUUAUCCACAUCCAUUCCAAAAUCUUUUCCCCUUUCAUACAGUUUUUCCAGUGUUUAAAAAUGUAAUACAUAUUACUGUAAUUUUGACUUUAGAAAUAUAUUGGCAUCAGCAAAGUU